AAACUACUUGAUGCCUGUCAUUUUUCAGGGAAAAAAAAUAUUCACACAAGGAAAACAUUUCAGACUGUAGCUAACCUUUUGAUGAGUGACUGUCCUCUGAGGGUCAGUCCAUGGCUAAACCUUGCAUUUCACAGGGAAAUGAACAAGACAAAAAAAACCAAGAUCUACAAACUGACUCUACUGGCCCGAAAUUGUCAACAGUGUGGUGUGGUGGAGAUGGAUCUAAAUUCAGUCUAACAACGAGGAUGGUAAUUUGUCAAAUGAACUUGUAAAACUGAAGAAAAGGCACAAGAUCAAUGACAGACAAUCUUCUGAGAACAAAAUAUCAAGGCAAUGGUGAACAGGUCAGGCACAGAGUUACAAGUAACCUGAUAUGUUUAGUAACACACAGUGGAUGACGGAGGAGGAAGAUGAUUCAGAUAUAAAAUGACAGGCACAACACAAAAAGAAUUUGAAAAAGAAUAAGUAUAUCUUUCAACCACAAAUACAGUGUGCUUGACCAAAAGGGAAUCAACAGGAAUGUAUUUAUGAAGGGCACCAAAUUUGGUUAAAAUAAAGAAACAUCAUGUCAGCACAAACACCAUGCUGGAAGCAUAAUGAUUUCAGCUUGUUCUACAGCUAUAGAGGAUCUUCAAGUCAUAGGCAGCAUCAAAACAUUCUAGAGACAAAUAUCUGACAGCUGAAACUUGGACAAAAUCUGUCAUCCAUUGGACAAAAUCUGUCAUCCAUUGGACAAACAUCCCAAACACUGCCGCAAAUCCACAACAGAAUAGUUGAAAAAGAAGAUUGGAGCAAUUACAGUGGCCUAGUCAAAGUCUGGACCAUAAGCUGAUAGAAAUGUGUCGGCAGGAUCUUAAAGGAACUCUCCAACAUGGAUGUUAGCAAACUUAAUUGUAUAAGAUAGAAAAUCUAUGGAUCAUUGGAGCAGAAGGUGGUUCCACAAGCUACUGAUGGGGUGUACUAGCAUUUCAUACAUGGAUGUUGCAUUUUGGAUUCAUUUCAGUUUAUUAAAUAACAAAAAUCUAGAGUAUGUUAUGUUUUUGUACAGGUUAGAUGAUCCGAAUAACAAAUAGCAGAUCAUUUUCAUUAUGUCCUGAUACAUUGGAAACAAAUUAUGUUCCACGCAGGCUCGAACAGGUCACUCCAACAGGCCCUUACUUUGAAGACUCAGAAUUGACACUGCUUCCGAGAUGAUCACCUCUCCUCAGGUCCAAUCCAUUGAGCCCAGUCCACUCCACCGCAGCGUGCUUCCUGAUGCUCCGGCUCUCUCGGGCUUGCAUCCUCAGCUGUCACUGCCGUCUCACUCAAACGCCUGCUCCGUGCACGUGAGCGGCAGACGUCGUUAUGGGCUCGUAAACAUAAGCAGGUACACACGUUUUAAUAAAUUUGCCAAAAAGCAAUGAGUCACUGCUGGCGGUUAUUUCGAAAACUACACCAGUCGGUGUUUGUUGUCUUGAACACACCCCGCUGAGCCCCCCGAUAUUGUUCAAGGGGAAUAAUGGCUGCACAAGAGCCGUCUCCACCAUCUUCCCUGGAAGGCAACAAGCCGGGCUUCCCAAAGAAAAUUCUGGCCAACAACCUGGAGGACAAGCAUCUGUGCAACUCGUGUCAGAAAAUCCUGCGGAGGCCCCUGCAGGCCCAGUGCGGCCACCGCUUCUGUUCGUUCUGUUUCAACAAGCUGGUGAGUUCUGGACCACAGAAAUGCAGUGCAUGCAUCAAGGAGGAGUUGUUUGAGGAGCCCACCUCCAUUCUCAAGCCUGGCGGUGCGUUCCCAGACAACGCAGCUCGGAGAGAGGUGGAGGCCUUGGCAGCAGUUUGUCCUAAUGAAGGAUGCACAUGGACUGGAACCGUCAGAGAGUUUGAGGCGAGCCAUGAGGGCAACUGUGACUUCAUGAUCAUCAUGUGUCCGUCGUGCAAAGAGCUGAUGAGAGCCAACGAGCAGGAGCGCCACAACGAGCGAGAGUGUCCAGAGAGGACACUGAACUGCAAAUACUGCAAAGAGCCGUUCCUCUUAAAGAACAUCAAGGCUCAUGAUGAAAUCUGCCCCAAGUACCCAAUGAUCUGUGAAGGCUGUGCAAAGAAAAAGAUCCCCCGUGAGAAGUAUGUGGACCAUAUUAAGUUCUGCAGUAAAUUUAAAACACCAUGCAGAUUUCAUGUUGUUGGCUGCGAUACGUCUGUGGAGAAAGAGAAGAUCCACGACCACGAGCGGCAGUGUUCGUACGAGCACCUCAACCUGCUGCUGCAUUUCAUCAUGGGCAUCAAGGUGAGUCUGGAGAGCCUCCAACCGCAGACCUUAGAGGUGGCCAGCCAGAAGCUCCAGGUGCUGCACCAGUCCCUCAGAGAGCUGGAGCUGAAGAUGAGCCAGCUGGGCGGGGGCGGCCCCGCUCCCGUGCAGGGUGCAUGCGCUCUCACCCUGGCCACGUCCUUCACCCCUCUGCCCAGCGCCAUGGGUGCCGCCCUGGAGCUGCAGCUCCAGAGCGAGAAGACCAAGGUGGCUGAGCUGAGCCGGCGCUGCCAGGAGCUGGAGCUGAAAGUGAACACGUUUGAAAACAUCGUCUGCGUCCUGAACCGGGAGAUGGAGCGUUCCUGCACCACCAUGGAAGCCUACAACCGCCAGCACAGACUGGACCAGGACAAGAUUGAGCUUCUCAGCAACAAGGUCCGUCAGCUGGAAAGGACGGUCAGCCUGAGGGAUCUGUCCAUCGUGGAGAUGGAGGGGAAGAUGAGGGAGAUGUCUGCAGCCACCUACGAUGGCGUCUUUAUCUGGAAGAUCUCUGAUUUCACCAAGAAGAGGCAGGAUGCCGUGGCUGGCCGCGCUCCUGCUAUGUUCUCUCCCGCGUUUUAUACGAGUAAAUACGGCUACAAGAUGUGCUUACGAAUCUACCUGAAUGGUGACGGGACGGGCCGUGGCACACACCUGUCUCUGUUCUUUGUGGUGAUGAGAGGACACAGCGACGCACUCCUUAAGUGGCCUUUCAAUCAGAAGGUUACCCUCAUGCUGCUUGACCAGAACAACAGGGAGCACAUAAUCGAUGCCUUCCGGCCCGACAUCUCAUCUUCGUCCUUCCAGAGGCCCGUCAGCGACAUGAACAUCGCCAGCGGCUGCCCGCUCUUCUGUCCUCUGUCUAAGCUGGACUCCAAAAACUCCUACAUUCGUGACGACACCAUCUUCAUAAAGGCCAUCGUCGACCUCACUGGGCUCUAGAGAAAUCUGUGUUCUGGUUGUAGCACUAGCAGAUGCUCGGCUGACGUGAGCCUGGACUUCUGGUUCGUUUACAACAAAAGGGCUUCACUUUUCAUCGGCAUCCACCUGACGUCACAUGCAGGCUUUCGUCCGCUCAGAGGCAGAACCGCGCGGCGGUUCCGUUUGAGCCAGCUGAUGUUUCCGUGGGCCAGCAACGCUGACAUGUAGGAAGUGCCACACUGCCUCACUGUUCUGCAACAGAAUAAACAAUGUUUUGAUAAAUACUGCUUCAGAAACUGAAACUAGUCACUUUUUGCUUUCCCUCCACCUCUGUUCCCGUGGAUCUGGGUUAUUCCUCUAAAGGCCUUGCUGAGAUUAGGAUGAAGAGCCUUCAUCUGUAGCGGUGAUAUCAGUCGUACUCGUUCUUUCUGCUGCAUUCUGUGGAUAGAAAGUCAUGUGUUAGUUAACUCUUUGUACAGAGGAAAUUUUGUUCCAUAUUUGUAUUUUGAUUUAAUAAAGAUUUUAAAAUGCCCUCCA